AUGCAAUCUCAUGGGGCAUCAGCAUUUGGCCAGACCAACUUAAAGCAAUCGAAGCGCCUUCGUGUCAAUCACCUGCAAGACACCCGAGCGACCUUGAUCAAAUAUGUCUUGCGUCUUGUGCGUUGCUAUCUGGCUCUGGAUGGCCCGCAUGCCACCUCUACGUUCGAAAUCCUUCAGCGCCUCGCCGAUUCAGGCGUCCAGUCCCCUCCACCUAAUGGUCCGCAGCGCAGUGAAUACACGCGCAACAAGUUCUUGACUGGACUCGAAAAAAGGAUUAACUGUGCUCGCUCGAAUGAACUCCGGCAGGAAGCCUUAGAUAUCAUUCAGCUACUAGAACAGGAAAUCGUUGGAUGGGGAUUCCAAUUCAACCUCGCUUGUCUUCCCGGGUUGUGGGCCUGUUCGAAGGCAGAAUCACUGGCUCGUUUGGGGAAACCUGUCGAGGCUGACGAAGUAUACUACUGGCCGUGUGCUAGGGCUGAGCAAUAUCUCAACGAGCACGUACUCCAUCGAUACUUUCCACAUGAACUUUUGUGA